AUGGGAUUUCUGAGCAACUUCUCAUCCAAAUAUUUCUAUGAGGGACUUCUACCCAUGGAGAGGAAGAUGAUGGAUAUAACUAGUGGAAGUGCCAUAGUGAAUAAGACUCCUCACAAUGCUAAGAAAUUGAACUCCAUCAUGGCCACUAAUUCACAACAAUUUGGCUUUAGGCAAGACACAUCUUCAAGAAUGGUGAAUAAGGUAGGUUUGUCCUCCAUUGAACAUCAAUUAUCGUAUCUCACCUCCCUCGUUCAACAACUAGUUGUAGGAAACACGCAGCAAGUGAAAGCUUGUGGGAUAUGUGCUGCGAUUGGUCACCCAACUAACAUGUGCCCUACAUUUCAAGAUGAUUCUCAUGAGUACGCCAAUGCAGUUGGAAGGUUUCUCGAUCCACCACAAAGGAAGUAUGAUCCUUACUUAAAUACCUAUAAUCCAGGAUGGAGGGAUUAUCCUAACCUUAGCUAUGGACCAAGACCAUCGCAAUUCCAGCGUUUUCCACCUGAGCAGUCUUCUUCAAAGCCAUGUAUGUCCCUAAAAGAAAUUGUCAAAUCACUUGCAACUAAUACACAAAAAUUUCAGCAAGAGACAAGAAUAAUCAUACAAAAUUUGGAGAAUCAAAUGAGUCAAUUGACAUCCUCCGUGAGUUGGUUAGAAUCCCAAAGUAAGUUACCUUCACAAACCAUUGUUAAUCCAAAGCAAAAUGUUAGUGCAAUCACAUUGAGAAGUGGGAAUGAGUUGAAGGAACCUAGUCCAUUGGCACAUGGGAGAGCCUUAGAGGAAGAAACCAAAAAGGAAGUUGUUGCUCCCCAGACUCAGAUAGACCAACCCAAAGGACUCAAAAGCGAACAACCGAAGGAAUUGGUCGUAAAUCCUCAUUUUCCCGCUAGAUUCGCUAAGUCCAAGAAAGAAGCAGAAAAGAAAUAA